AUGCAAUAUCAAGUUAUUUCUGCGCUAAGAGAUGCAGGCCUUGAAUCAUCAAAUUUAAUACUUGGAAUUGACUUCACAAAAAGCAACGAGUGGACAGGCAGGUACUCAUUCAACAGGAGAAGCCUUCAUGCUGUUAGUGAUACACCAAAUCCAUACGAACAAGCAAUCUCUAUAAUUGGCCGUACCUUAACCCCCUUCGAUGAGGAUAAUUUGAUACCUUGUUUUGGAUUUGGUGAUGCAUCAACACAUGACCAAUCUGUGUUCAGUUUUUAUCCCGAUCACCGGCCUUGUCAUGGUUUUGAAGAAGCACUAACAAGAUAUCGACAGAUUGUCCGAUGCUUAAAGUUGUCAGGUCCAACCUCGUUUUCCCCAAUUAUUGAUGCUGCACUUGACAUAGUGGAGAGAAGUAACAUGCAAUAUCAUGUGCUUGUCAUUGUUGCAGAUGGACAGGUUACCCGAAAUCCUGAUACUCCUGCAGGAAGGCUGAGUCCACAAGAACAAUCUACUGUAAACUCAAUAGUUGCUGCUAGCCGGUAUCCUCUCUCAAUAAUCUUGGUUGGGGUGGGGGAUGGACCAUGGGAUUCAAUGAAACAAUUUGACGACAACAUUCCUCAGCGUGCAUUUGACAACUUCCAGUUUGUAAAUUUCACAAAGAUCAUGUCUGAGAACAGAGAAACAUCAAAGAAAGAAGCAGCAUUUGCGCUUGCUGCUCUAAUGGAAAUUCCAUUUCAGUACAAAGCUACCCUCAGCCUUCAGUCGACUGAUAGACAACUAGUAAGUGGUCCUCGAGCUAGGCCGCUUCCACCUCCACGUGAAGUAAUCGAGUAUGAUGAAGCAGUUAAAUCAAUCCCAAAUGUGAGGAACUUCGAGACUGUUGAACCAACAGCGCCAGCUGAACCGGUCUGUCCCAUUUGCUUGACAAAUCCAAAGGACAUGGCUUUUGGAUGCGGUCACACAACCUGCAAGGAUUGUGGUGCAACCAUUUCAUCCUGUCCAUUGUGCCGGCAGCCAAUAACAACACGCUUGAGAUUAUAUACCUGAUUCAACAAUUUGUGUCCCAAUAUUCAAUGCUGUUGAACCUGCUUUUGCAAGUCAUAAGAGGCUUAGAUACAAGCUCCUUAGCAGAAAGAAGUAAUAUAUGUGGGCGUCAAUUGUAAUAUGCAAUGCUGAAAGUUGAGUUACAGCCCUUUCCCGUGUAAUAACUAGUGGAAGGAGAUACUUUUAUGUUUGCUUGUUGAAAAUGAAAGCUGAAAAUUCUGUGAUUAACUUAUGAUUUCUUUAUUCAUAUUUUUUAUUAGGUUUUUAUUUGCUAUCAAAAUCCAAGUUGGAACAAAAAAUCGAUAAUUUAUGAUUUCUUUUACCCA